AAAGUUUUUUACUAGAGCAGCCUUAUGACGAACAAAGAAUCAGGAAGUAACAAGCCAAAGACAUCUGGGAAAGUCAAAUCAAAGACAUUUCAGACCACUUUGCUGCUCAGCAAAAUGGCAGUUUUAUACACACUGCUCGUGCUGUUCUUGGCAGUUUUUGUUGCUGGAUUUGUGUUGCUGGUCUUGGGGGCAAUGAAUUUUGAUUUCUCCAACUCAGAAAUUCCUCCUGGAGUGAACGAGCCAGUAAAGCUCCGAAUCAUCCACAUCAUGUUAAUAAGCAGAGCUGUGGUGGGAAGGAUUUUGGAAAACAUUGGUAUAUGCAGCCAGGUUAACUUUGUCCGGUACAUGCAAGAUAGAAAGAUUCUACAAGUGGACCCAAAGCUCUUAAUCAAGGACCUGUGGUUUGAAAAAGUGCCUGUACGAAUUUAUCAGCCUAAGGCUCCAUCUGCCAGCCAAAGGAGAGGAGUCAUGUUUUUCCAUGGAGGAGGAUGGGUAUUUGGAAGUCUUGAGACCCAUGAAAGGCUAUGCCGCUCUAUUGCCAGAGAAAGCGAAUCUGUGGUUGCAUCUGUUGGGUACCGUUUAGCCCCUGAACACAAAUACCCUGCUGCGUAUGAAGACUGUCUUAAUGCCACCAUACACUUCAUGAAGAAUGCAGAGCACUAUGGAGUGGAUCCUGCCAAUGUAACUGUCUGUGGGGACAGUGCUGGGGGCAAUCUGGCAGCUGCUGUUAGCCAGACCCUUGCAGGUAGAUCAGACCUCCCCAGCCUGCGUGCUCAGGUCUUGAUCUACCCAGGCCUGCAGGCCCUGGACUUCAAUUUACCAUCCUAUCAGCAGAAUCAGGGAGUCCCUCCCUUAUUCCGAGAACGUGCUGCUUUCUAUAUGUUACAGUACCUAGAUGGGAAUGUAUCAAACCUGGAAGAGGUCUUGGAGGGCUCCCAUAUUCCUAUGGACAUAAAAUUAAAUUAUGGGAAGUGGGUAAGUCCAGAUCACAUCCCCGAAAAAUUUAAGGACAGAGGCUACAAACCACAUGUGCUACUGGACUGUUCAACUGAGAUUUAUGAGACAGUGAAGAGAUUCUGUGAGCCCAACCUGUGCCCACUGCUGGCCGAAGAUGCUGUGGUUCAGCAGCUGCCUCAGUCUUUCAUCCUGACUUGUGAGUAUGAUGUGCUGAGGGACGAUGGCUUGCUAUACAAGAAGAGACUGGAGGACAAUGGUGUUCCAGUGACCUGGUACCACCUCGAGGAUGGAUUCCAUGGAAUCGUAAAUUCAUUUAAUACUGACUGGUUGUCAUUCCCAUCUGGAAAAAGGGGUCUUGACAAUAUUGUGAACUUUCUAAAAAGCUUAUAGAAACAAUUUUCUUUCCUUCUGCAAGAACUGCCAAUUUUCUGUAGUCUUUUAUGCUUCUAAAUUCCAUAUAAAAUGUUCAGAUAGGACAUCUAUGAGCAAUUUUGCCAGUGUGACCACUGAAAAAGAUACUUCAAGAAUGCUAUGAAAGUUUCUUUUCAUGCUGUUUGAAGUAUUCCACGUGCAGUCUGCCUAUUUUAAUGAUCUAUUUAGACUAGAUGCUUGCUAUUCUCUCAGUAAAUAUUAAAGAUGAAGUAAAAAUUUAAACCAACACUGGGUCUGACCCAUUUUAUUAUAUGAUGAUCAACAGUUUAAUUCUUCCUAGAAGGUUGAGUAUCUUUCUCCUUUGCCAAAGGUUUAUUUUGGCAAAGGAAAAAGAUACUGAUGUUAAAAUGCUGUAAUGCAGUGCCUGUGAUAUAUGCUACACGUAGCAUCUGAGUUUAAGAUU